UCAUGGAUCGAGAAAUAUAUCUAUCUAUCUAUCUAUCUAUCUUCUUAAAGUAAUAAACCAUGUAAUUUUAUUACCAAUAAAUUUAUUUUAUAAUAUUUCUAUUGUUGGUUUCAUAUCCUUGACUCAGUUCUAGGUCAUCACAUUAUCUGAUUUGGAAUGUGACUAUCUCAAUGCUCAAGAAUGCUGCUCAAAAUUGAAUUAUUGGGUUCUGCCGAAGUUAAUUGUUCAUGGUUUGCUUGUGGCUAUAUUCUUAUUAUCCGGUCACUGGUGGCUCGUGUGUCUCAACAUACCAAUAAUGGCUUGGAUGAUUUAUGAGUAUGUGUCUGUUCCACAGGGUAACAUUGGCGUUUAUGACCCAUUUCAAAUAUAUAAUCGUGGUCAACUUAAAAAGCACAUGAGAGACUGCGUAAUUUACUUAGGAUGGUACUUGAUAGCAUUCUUCGUGUACCUAUACUGCUUGAUUAUCGCAAUGUUGAACGAAAACCCUUUGGAAAAACGCGAUCUGAGUAUGUUCCAGGAGUUCUAAUUCGUUUAUCUUCAUGACCAAGCAUCAUAAGCUCCAUUCCCUUCACCUUCACAAAAAAAUAAUGCUAGUCGUUAUCAUGUAUAUCCAAGAUUUAUAGGACUUUGUUUUUGUUUGUAAAUUAUUUCUCACUUGUAUUUUAUUUAUAAGAUGUAAUUUAUGAAUUUAUCUUAUUCGCAUUAUAGAAAAGUAUUUGAUUUUAAUAUUUUUAUGUAAUCUGUACUGAUUGUAUAAAGAUUUUGAAAAUUGUAUA